AAACAAACAUUGAAAUUUUCCGUUCCAACACGAAUGAUUCGGCGAAGCUUCAGCCAGCUUCCUCGCAAGCCCAUUAGCCAACUGGUAAGGAAAGUCAAGAUCGUUGAGGUGGGACCGAGAGAUGGACUUCAGAAUGAGCAGAGGAUUGUUCCCACUGAAACAAAGAUCAGUUUGAUAGACAAGUUGUCAAAGACUGGCCUUCAGGCAAUAGAAGCAACCAGUUUUGUUUCACCAAAAUGGGUUCCACAGAUGGCUGAUCAUGAACAAGUCAUGCAGAGGAUAAACAAAGUUCCAGGCAUUUCUUACCCGGUGUUGACUCCAAACCUGAAAGGUUUUCAAGCUGCGUUGGAAUGUGGAGUUAAAGAAGUGGCCAUUUUUGGAGCUGCCUCAGAGUCCUUUAGUAGGAAAAACAUCAACUGCUCCAUAUCAGACAGCCUACAAAGAUUUGAAGGUGUUUGUGAAGCUGCAAAAGAAAACAACAUACCAGUGAGAGGUUUCUCCCAAGGCUCCACCCAAGCCAUGUUGGAGGGUGUUUUAGAGACAGUCCCAAUGAAUCAUGUAGCUAUUCACUGCCACGACACGUACGGUCAGGCUCUGGCGAAUAUUCUCACUGCAAUGCAACUGGGGGUCUGGACAGUAGAUGCAUCUGUUAGUGGUCUGGGUGGCUGUCCCUACGCGCGCGGGGCAUCUGGUAAUGUCGCUACAGAAGAUGUGGUUUACAUGCUGCAUGGAAUGGGAAUCGAAACGGGAAUUGAUUUGGACAAGUUAGUGGAAGCAGGACAUUUCAUCUGCCAAGCCUUGGAUCGUAAAACCUCCUCGAAAGUAGCUCAAGCGAGAACAGACGGUCAGGAAGCAAAAAGCUGAUAAAUAUCACAAGGAAGCGACUGGUGUUACUCUCAAUGUCUCUCCAUAAGGGUGUCACUUUCUCUCAGCGCUCAAAACAAAUGUGUUCAAUAAAACUGACAAAAGUUCAAAUUAGAUCUUAAACUGCUGUAAAAUUGAAGUUAAAAAAUCUUUUAAAAAUCCAAGCUUUCGCCGAUCUUCGGCAUCUUCGGGGAUGAUUAUCAUGAUAGGUCGUGAUGUUGCCGUCGGCCGUGGAUUGACUACAGCUUUAGAUUUUUAAAAGCCUUAUAACAUUGAUUUUACAGUAGUUUAAGGCCUCAUUUGAACUUUUGUCAGUUUUAUUCUCUAAAAUGCUACUUAAGGACAACAUUCAACGGUUAUGCAAUAUUUGUGUAGCGAAUCUGGUAAUAAAUAGACCCAGGAAAAUUUCUGCAAGUUGUAAUAGGUGUGCAGGAUUUUCGCUCGACUGUUCGACUCGAAGAUCUCAGGCACUGAACAGACUACUAAGUUUGUUAGUUUUUUAUUUGUUUCUGUGUUUUAUGAUUUUGAUCGGAACCAAUAACUAUCUGGUAUCAGGUGUUCCGACUCAGCGCUGACUCUUUUUACGAGCUCCUCUUGUUGUACCCUUGACAUAUCACAAAAGGAAGUAGGUCAAUUUUUCAGAAUUAUCCAAUCUCUCGCACAAAUACCAAAAUUUGCAUUGACAAAUGUAGCGGAUUUGAAGAUCUUCUGGUAAUGCGAUUGAGAAACCAGCGGCUUGCAAGAUAAAAAAAAAAUCAACCAUGACGACGACAACAACAAAACCAAAGAAAAGCUAUGUAAUAUCAACCUAAGUAAAGCUGCCAACUCGUUUUCUCUGAUAGCUUACGCGCCCAUGAUUUUGAAAAAAUAACUCAAGAUCUCAUGUACUUCUAUUCAUUGAUAAAAAAUUACAAUUACGAGUUUUCUUGUU